AUGGAGUACCAGCUGGUGGCUUGGUCCAGGGCCUUAGGAGUUAGGGUUGAGGUUAGGGGGUUGGGGUUGGGGUUGGGGUUGGGGCCCACGUUAGGGUUAGGGUUAGGGCCAGGCCAGGGCCAGGGCCAGGGCUUGGGCCAGGCAGGGUUAGGGCCAGGGCAGCUGUGUUUCUCCUGUCGGACUAAAAGGUUCUCCUUCUUCAACCGGUCCUACACCUGCCAAUUCUGCAAAAGGCCUGUGUGCUCUCAGUGCUGUAAAAAGAAGAGUCUUCCAUCUAAGCCGUAUGCCAACCUGUCCAUCUCCUCGCUGGGAUCUACUACCACCAUCCUACCCAGGGAGGAGGCUGGAGGGACAUCAGCCUUGGACACCCCAGAGAAGCCCUCGUCCAGCCAGCGCCUGCGCCGGACUGUCUCCAGGUUAUCCAAACGCAAAAUUGAGCGGUCUAGUGACGAGCUGGAUCUUCCCAAGGAGCUGACAGAGGAUUGGUGUACCAUGGAGGUCUGCAUCAGCUGUAAGAUGUUCAUCUCUGAGAUCAUCUCCAGCAGCAAGCGCUCUCUGGCCACCAAGCAAGCCCAUCUGAAGAGGAAAACCCAGUCCUUCCACAUAUCUUCAGCUAACACAAACUACUGCAGACCCUCUGUGAGGAAUGUCAAGGAGGUUUAACUUUAGGGUCAGACCUCUCUCUGUCCACUCCUUGGGGGCGUCUCAAAUCCAAAUUGUAUUUGUCACGUGCUUCUAAAAACAGCAGUGAAAUGCUUCUAUUUCAUGAAAAACUUCUCCAUAUAGGGCUGCACUUUGACCAGAGCUCAAAGGGACCAGGCUGUUUGUUGGCCAGCUAGCUGUGUGAUGUAUUUAUCAUGACUCUGCUCACCUUGGCUAACACUCUAUGGACUCUGGUCUAAAGUAGUGCACCAAAUAGGGAAUACGGUAGGUACCCUUUUGAGAAAGUCAUACUCUCUCAGCUCUUUGCUGCUCAUCACUGUGUUAUAAUGAUAUAGGUGACCGUUGUAGAAGGUGUUCAGUGUGUUAGUAUAUACUACCUACCUGGAUGGAUGAUUCUAGACAUUUGUUGAAUAGACAGCAUGGGUUCUCUUCCCCUAACCGCUAGUGUCAGGAACGAUUGGGUUAGUGUACAGCUGUGGGCGGACUAUUUAACCAUUUCCUAUUCUCUCACGUUCUGUGAUUAACCCUAAUAUACUGAACAAACGCAACAUGCAACACUUUCAAAGAGUUUACUGAGUUACAGUUCAGGAAAUCAGUCAAUUGAAUUAAAUUCAUUAGGCCCUCAUCGAUGAUUUUCACAUGACUGGGCAGGUUGCAGCCAUAGGACCACCCCCUGGGGAGCCAGACCCACCCCCUGGGGAGCCAGACCCACCCCCUGGGGAGCCAGGCGCAGCCAAUCAGAAUGAGUAUGAGUACUCACAAAAUGUCAGACAGAAAUACUCCUCGGCACCCCCCAGAUGAUCCAGCAGAUGAAGAAGCUGGAUGUUGAGGUCCUGGGUUGGCGUGGUUACUUAUGGUCUGCGGUUGUGAGGCCGGUUGGAUGUACUGCCCAAAUUGUCUAAAGCGACGUUGGAGGCGGCUUAUGGUAGAGAAAUAAACAUUCAAUUAUCUGGCAACAGCUCUGGUGGACAUUUCUACAGUCAGCAUGCCAAUUGCACACUCCCUCAAAACACAAGACAUCUGUGGCUUUGUGUUGUGACAAAACUGCACAUUUUAAGUGGCAUUUUAUUAUCCCCAGCACAAGGUGCACCUGUGUAAUGAUCAUGUUUGUUUAUCUUCUUGAUAUGCUAAACCUGUCAGGUGGAUGAAUUAUCUUGGCAAAGGAGAAAUGCUCACUAACAGGGAUGUAAAAUGAAUUUGUGCACAUGGAACAUUUCUGGGAUAUUUUAUUUCAGCUCAUGAAACAUGGGACCAACACUUUACAUGUUGCGUUUUAUAUUUUGGUUAAGUGAAUUAGGGGGACCUUUCAAAUAGCUGCUGAGAUCACGGACGUGGUCGGUGAGACCUCUCGUCCCCGUCCAGAGAUAAUAUAUAUAUUUAACAGUAGUGUGGUCGGUCGGUGAGACCUCUAGUCCCUGUCCAGAGAUAAAAUAUAUAUGUAACAGUAGUGUGGUCGGUCGGUGAGAUUUCUAUUUCCCUUCCAGAGA